AUGGUCAUAUACACUCCAUCUGAUCCAAUUAUGGCUGAGUCUAAUUCAAUUCAUCGUCAUCGUCCUGAUCAAUCUCCUAUUACUGAACAUCAACAUGUAUCAAUUACAUCGAAUGUUCAAUCAAAUGUAUUAAAAGUUGUGUUAAUACCAGAUGAACCCACAUUGAAAAGACAUCUUGGUUUAUUCUCAGGAGUCUGCUUUAUUAUUGGUAUCAUUAUUGGUUCUGGUAUAUUUAUUUCUCCUAAAGGUGUUUUACAAGAAACACAAUCAGUUGGUCUGUGUUUGAUUGUUUGGACUGCAUGCGGAUUAAUUUCGAUACUUGGAGCACUUUGCUAUGCAGAAAUUGGUACAAUAAUACCGAGAAAUGGCGCAGAAGUAGCUUAUUUGAAAGAAGGUAUCGGAUCGGUUCAUGAACGAACAGGUGAUAUAUUAGCAUAUUUAUUCGUUUGGACAAGCGUAUUGGUAAUUAAACCAGCAAGUAUUGCUGUUGGUUGUCUCACAUUUUCUCAAUACUUCUUAUCUGGCAUUCUGAGCAAUUGUGGAUCUUCACCAGAACUUGUUAAAAUGUUGGCUAUUUUUGCUAUUUUAAUACUCAUCAAUGUUAACUCGCUCAGUGUAUCAGCAGCUAAUCGCCUGAAUAUCGUUUUUGUCAUAUGCAAGGUAUUGAUUAUCUUGACAAUAAUAAUAGUUGGUCUUAUACGAAUAGGACAAGGACAUACGCAAAGCUUACAGAAUAGUUUUGCUGGUACCACAAAGAAACCAUUUGGUGUUGUACUUGCAUUUUAUAAAGGCCUGUAUGCAUUUGGUGGAUGGCAUAAUCUUAAUACGGUGACAGAAGAACUCAAAAAUCCUAAAAGAAAUCUAUGGUUAUCGAUUGUAUUAGCUUUACCUUGUGUUAUUAUUCUCUACAUUCUUACGAAUAUUUCUUAUUUCACUGCAAUGAACAAAGUCGAAUUGCUUAUUUCUAAUGCUGUUGCUGUAACAUGGGGUGAAGUUGCUUUGGGUUCUGCUGUUCGUGUAUUAGUCAUUUUCAUCUCAAUAAGUGCAUUAGGAGCUGCUAAUAUUAGUUUAUAUGGAGCUGCUCGAUAUUGUAUGGUUGGUGCUCAAUAUAGAUAUUUACCUGAAUUCUUUGCAUGUGUUCAAACGCAAAGAUUAACACCAUUACCUGGUGUUGUCCUUGUGGGUGUCCUGGCAAUUGCUUUUUGUAUUCCAAGUAAUAUCUAUGGAUUGAUUGAUAUCUUUAGCUUUUCUACAUGGAUUUUUUUUGGUUUAACAUUUGUCGCAACAUUGUGCUGCAAAGUGACAAAGAAGAAUGUACAACGAGUAAUUAAUGUUCCAAUUCCAAUAGUUAUCAUUAUUCUUUUGAUUGCAAUCUCCUUAGUAAUCAUUCCAAUUGUAUAUAAUCGAAGUAUUAGAUUUCUUUUUGCUGCUAUUGUGAUGCUGUUUGGUUUGAUAUUCUAUUAUCCAUUUGUCUAUCGUAAAAUCGAAUUACCAUUUAUGAAAAAAAUGAAUUCAACUUUACAAGCAUUUUUCAAACUACAACAAGCACAAAUAAAUAUUGAAUGA